GAUUUCUGUUUCAGCGAUCAAGAAUGUCGACUAAUGUUGGUCAAGUGAUUCGAUGCAAAGCGGCGGUGGCCUGGGAAGCUGGGAAGCCACUGGUGAUUGAAGAAGUGGAGGUGGCGCCACCCCAAAAAAGGGAAGUCCGGAUAAAGAUCCUCUUCACCUCCCUGUGCCACACCGACGUUUACUUCUGGGAAGCCAAGGGUCAGAAUCCUGUGUUUCCUCGAAUUUUAGGUCAUGAGGCUGGAGGGAUUGUGGAGAGUGUUGGGGAAGGAGUGACUGAUCUUCAAAUGAUGAAAAGUUUGUUGCAGGAACUUGAGGUGGAGAAGUUCAUAACACAUGAAGUGCCAUUUUCUGAGAUCAACAAGGCCUUCGAUUUGAUGCAUAAAGGUGAAGGUCUUCGUUGCAUCAUUCGCAUGGAUGCAUAG